GGAGGGGUAAGCAACAUCAGACCAUAAAAUUCAAUAAAUGUUGCUGAAGCUCUCUACACAAUCGAAAUAGCUCUUACUUUUAUUCAUCGCAACUCCAAAGCCUUAAUAAAUCUCUAUCGUGAAAAAUUCGAUUAAACCAUUGCCAGAAAAUGAGAGGCGUAGUAAUCAAGGACCGUAAUUCCUCCUGGGAAAUCUCCAAUGAUCUGGAGAGACCUGUUCCAGGGAAACAUCAGGUUUUGGUGAAAUCGCUCAUUACGGGUAUCAAUCCUUUGGACAAUAUAAUGCGACAGACCGGUUCCCUUAUCCCUUCCUACCCAAUAGUACUCGGUUGUGAUGCCUCAGGAGUGGUUGUUGAAUUGGGUCCUGGCGUAGAGAAAUUCAGAGUUGGAGAUGGCAUUUUUGGCUGUGCGACGAGAGUUGGGGAGGAGGGCUAUGGCACUUUUCAGGAGUUUCAUUUAAUGGAUGAGAAACUGGCGUUUAAGAGACCAGAAAGAGUUUCAGUUGAAGAAGCUGCGACGAUUGGAGUGGGACUCUUGACGGCAGCAAUAUGUCUAGAUGAGGGAAACGAUAUUAUGUAUCCUGCCACUCGCGAAAAUCAACCAGAAUGGUUUAUUGUUUUGGGAGGCACGUCGAACGUUGGACAAUAUGGGAUCAAGCUUGCAAAAUUAUGCGGAUACCAGGUCCUUGCUUCAUGCUCGCAAGCUAAUGCUGAGCUUGUCACAUCUAUCGGUGCAGAUGCAACAUUUGAUUACAAACAGUCUAUCGAAACUCAAUUGUCUGAGAUCGAGAAAAUUACAUCGGGAGAGUUCGCCGGUAUAUUCGAUGCAUCGGCUGCCAGUUCCGCAGUAGGCCUAGCUGCUCUGAACACUAAAUCAACAGCCACAACACAAAAAACAUUCUCCACAACAAAUGAUUGGGACGAAAUCGACGAACAAAAGGACAUCAAAAUUUAUCAUGUCCACCUUGGACAAAUGGGCAAUUUUGGAGAGCCACUAGGCGAUGCAACAAACAGCAGUGUAGAAAAACUAAUUCCAAGACUUGAAAGCUUGCUCUGGAAAGGAUUAUUGGAGCCAAAUGAAGGAGAAGUAGUCGCGACCGGGUUUGGAGGGGUAAGUUUUGGCGUUGAUCUCUCGACGAAGAAUGAGAUUGCGGGAAAGAAGAUAUUGGUUAAGCUGCAAGAUCUGUAAUUUAGAGGUGUAUUCAUCAAUAUGGUAAUCUUAUGAUACCACUUAUUGGUCUUUAGGUAGAUCCUCUUCGGUAGUGAUGACUUAUUAGUUUAUCUGAUAUGCAGUAUUAAACAGAUCGAAGCGCAGUCACGUGAUGAAAAGUAAGCGUGGAUGUACA